GGCCGGGCUUUAACGAAUUUCCCCACAUUUCAGUCUUCGUUUGCCGAGCGUCGUGCGCGCAAGUAUCCCUCAGAAACGCGGAUAGACGGCCUCCAAAAAACAACAAGAUAUACCCAAAAAAAAAAAAAGAUAAAUCUGAAGAAAAACAAUAUAUGUAGUACCACCAACAACAGUGCUAGAAAAGUUAAUACUACAAAAGGGAGCAAACACAAGCAGCAGCAAAUGAAAAAGAAAAGGAAACGUGAAAAGUGUAGCUGAAAACUUCAUUUUCUUCAAAUAAAAACCAUAUUUUUCCCCGAACGAUACAUAAUUCAAGAGAAGCAAAGCUUCAGAAAAUUUUGGAAGAGCCACAAAUCAGUGCGUAUUGAAUCACGACAGAGGAGGCAAUUAAUUAGGACGAGAGGAAAUACCCACCUUUGGGUGAAGGGUUUUUAGCAAUGAGCUGUCUGCACUUGAAGAACUUCAAAUGCGCCAAGUGGUCGCAAUCUUUAUCGAGGAGUUAAGCAGCGGAAUAUCAUACCAUAAAAACGAAUCAUACAUUUAAAGGGAUUUCUCGGAAAGAAUUCUUUACCCUACUUCUGUGAAAAGUCGUUUAAAAGGAGUGGCUUCAAAUAUGCCACAGCUCAGGCAGCUGGUGGUGGUCCUGGCCAUCCUGUCCCUCCUGGUGGAUCCCUCGUUCGCCCAGCGUCCGCUGAUCAUGAACCACACCUUCAGCUCCCUGCCGAUGUCCCAACAUCCCAGUUUCAACAGCUGGCCAAGUGCAUCCGGGGGAAAGCAACUGCGCAAUGGCAGGCUCCAUGAGCAGCCUUUGCCCCUGCCACAACCCACUUUGCCGGUGGCCACACAGUACGAGGACUACGAGGCGGCACCGCCAGGAUCGCGAAGGGAUAACAAACGGCGACUGGCUCAGAUGGCCCAACGCCCAGGCAGCGGGAAUGGCGGGCGGCGAGGCAUGGAGUCCCUUCGAAAGGAGCUGAUGAAUCCAUCGGUUGGUGGUCCGGGCGGAGGUAUUUCCGGCGGAGGGGCCGGCUAUCCUUCGUACUCCGCCACCUCUUCCAUUGGACGAAUAGAUGGUCUGGGUCAGGGCCUUGGAUCUGCGGAUCGGUACGGAGCGAUAUACGACCAGCUGAGGCAACCCAGUGGAAUGGCCGCCAUGACAGCCGGUCCCCUUGGAGGACCCUACUCGACAAGGUUCCCUCCUCUGUACGCCGGUGUGGACGACCAGCCCAAGCGCUCAAAUCGGAAGAACUCCAUCAGCGAGCUCUACAAGCUGAAGAAAGCCCUCAACCAGGCGGAUGAACCUGCUGGCGGGGUGACGCACGGAAACUUUGAAGGAGAUCCACAGCCCUCGUCGGCGGAUCCACUGCAAGAAAUCAAGGAUCGUAUACGGGAUACAUCACCAAAUGCGAACACCUAUGCUCCGCACACGGAUGCCACACCGUCAUCAGAGUACGAGUAUGAACUUGGCGUAAAGUGCAACUUCGAAACCCCGUGCAGCUGGACCUGGGGCAACUAUUCGGAUGGUUUCCAAGUUAUAACUGGCACGGAAUUGUCGAAGAGGAAUCUCACAGGAUUACUGCCAGGUCCUGCAGCCGAUAGUAUCGAUGAUGCGAACGGGCACUUCCUGUACGCCCGCGUGAACCCGUCUUCAAGACCCUUGAAUCUCACCUCGCCGGAAUUCAGCACCACGAUGGAGAAGUGCUUUUUAGAGGUCUACAUGCACCAGAGCGACAUGAGUCACGGACUUUCGCGGGUGGUGGUGGAACUACUCCACACGGCGGAGAGCAGUUGGGUUCCGGCCGAGAUUCUGGGCGAUAAUGUGCGCCAGUGGACCAGGAAGGUAUAUCGCCUGGGUCGCGUUUCGCGCGAUUUCCGCAUCGUUUUCGAGGUGGUUCCCGAUCUGAGAGUGGGCCAGAAGGGUCAUGUGGCGUUGGACAACCUGCGCAUGGUGAACUGUUUUCCCGAAGGUACAAAGUCGGAGAAGUGCAGCACCUCGCAGGUGAAGUGCACCUCCAGCAAGGUGCCCGUGUGCAUACAUCUACCACGAAUUUGCGACAUUACCAGGGACUGUGAUGAGGCGGAGGACGAGCAGCAGUCAUGUGAUAAAAUACCCUAUGGCGGUCGUUGUGACUUCGAGGAGGACUGGUGCGGUUGGCGGGACUCGGGAAAGACGACGCUCACGUGGUCAAGGCAUACGGGAUCAUCUCCCACCCACGAUACGGGACCGGAUGGGGAUCACACAAUGCAGCACCUGCAGAACAACACCAGUGGAUACUAUAUGCUGGUCAAUAUGAAUCAGCAUAUGAACAACUCGGAAAAGAACUCGAUUAUUGGAUUUGCCAGCAAUGCGAUCAUGGUUAGCAAGACCUUCAAUCCGCCGCCAUCGGUACAUGGAAACCCGGACUCUCCCUAUCGUAACUCGUGUGUUGUGAGGUUUUUCAUCCACCAAUUCGGCAAGAAUCCGGGCAGUAUCAAUCUCUCCGUGGUGGAGAUGAAGGAAAAGGAGAACAUUACCACCACACUGUGGUGGAGCACUAAAAACCAGGGCAGCGAUUGGAUGAGAGCGGAAUAUGUACUGCCUAACAUAACGUCCAAAUACUAUCUUCAGUUCGAGGCUCGCAUGGGCAUGAGAAUCUACUCAGAUGUGGCUGUGGACGACUUCUCACUGAGUCCUGAAUGUUUUGGCCUCAAUAUACCAGAAGAUCAUCUAGGUGGCUACAACUACUGGGAUGUCCGACAGAAUCUAAAGAGUCCAACCUAUAAAGACUUUGAGUAUACCAACUAUCUUGAGUUAACCAGCUGUGACACUCGUGGCAUGAUAGGACCUUCCCAGGCACAAUGUGAAGCUGCCUACAGGGAGCAAAAUAAAACACAUGUCCUGCGGGAAGUCCAUGUGGUUGAGGACCAGAGCAGCUAUAAGGGCAUGCAGAAGUGGAAGGUACCCCACGAAGGACACUACACAAUCAUUGCCAAAGGCGCCAGUGGAGGACUGGGUUCGGGUGGCGUUGGCAGCUCUCGAGGAUCUGUGGCUGUGGCCAUUCUGGAACUUCACAAGCAUGAGGAACUAUAUUUCCUCGUCGGUCAGCAGGGCGAGAAUGCCUGCAUCAAGUCCAUGGGAGUUCUGAAGGAAGCUGGUUGCGGCACCGAUCACGACUUGGAUUUAGCCCAAUAUAGCUUCCGUUCCAAACAGGAUAUGGUCAAGAAUAUCUAUAUCGAAAAUGGUGCCGGCGGCGGUGGUGGUGGCUCCUACGUUUUCCUUCUCAAUCAGGCCAAAAACGAGGCAGUCCCUCUUUUGGUAGCUGGCGGUGGAGGAGGUCUGGGAAUAGGCCAAUACAUAGACGAGGAUUUCCAGCAUGGCCAAAAGGCGAAGCCCCUUCAGGCUCCAGAAAGUGGACAGAUCAACGGAGAGCCCUUGAAUAAAAAGACAGCUGGUCCAGGUGGUGGAUGGAGAGCUAAAGAGGAUCAGGCCCUGAGUCCCACCUACGGAGCUGCCCUUCUCCAGGGCGGUCGAGGUGGCCACUCCUGUUAUGUGGAACUAGCGGACAACGGAACUUCUGUUCACAGACAUGGCCAAGGAGGAUUUGGUGGUGGCGGAGGUGGCUGCAAUACUGGAGGAGGCGGUGGCGGCUACGCUGGCGGAGAUGUCUACCUAACUGAGUCGAAUGGAGAGGGAGGCAGUUCGUACAUCAGCCCCAGUCGAAGUCUCCGGGAAAUUAGUGAAAUACAUGCCGGAGCCAGCAGUGGACCAGGUGCCAUCAUCAUUAUUCCGGCGAUCGAGGGCUGUGGAUGCGACUAUAGGUGCGUGGCCUUGGAUGAGUUCCGAUCGAAGGUGCGGUGCAUCUGCCCGGAUGGCUGGAGCUUAAAACGGGACAAUCACACCGCCUGCGAGAUCCGCGAGGAGGCGGGCAAGUCCUCCUUCCAGUAUCUGGUUUCCAUCCUAAUGAUCUCGCUUGCUGUGCUCUUCAUCUGCAUAGCUGCGCUCAUCUUUAUGCUAUAUAAUCGCUACCAACGGAAGAAACAAUCGAAGAAGCGCCACAAGAUGCUCGUGGAGCAGGAUCUUCAACUUACCCGUUUGCGCAACAAUAUCGACGACUCCAAUCUGAACAACUUCAACCCCAACUAUGGAUGCGAUGGUAUUCUCAAUGGUCACAUUGAUGUCAACAGUUUGCCGCAGGUGGCACGCGAUAGUCUGCAAUUGGUCAAUGCCCUGGGCAAAGGUGCUUUCGGAGAGGUAUAUAUGGCAUUAUACCGCCAUCGAGACGGAGAUGCUGUAGAAAUGGGCGUGGCAGUGAAAACACUGCGGGAAGAUCCCAAGCGGGAAAAGGAGGAGGAUUUCCUGAAGGAGGCGGCCAUAAUGGCCAAGUUUAAUCAUCCAAACAUGGUCCAUUUAAUAGGAGUCUGCUUUGACCGUCAGCCGUAUUAUAUUGUCCUGGAACUCCUUGCUGGAGGGGAUCUACAGAAGUUCUUGAGAGAAAACAGGAAUACUCCAGAGCGUCCCUCCCUCUUGACCAUGAAGGACCUGCUCUUCUGCGCCCUCGACGUGGCAAAAGGAUGUCGCUACAUGGAGAGCAAACGAUUCAUCCAUCGGGAUAUCGCCGCCAGGAACUGUCUGCUGAGCAGUAAGGGUCCUGGUCGCGUUGUGAAAAUCGCCGAUUUUGGCAUGUCCCGGGAUAUCUACCGAUCGGACUACUAUCGCAAGGGAGGCAAGGCUAUGCUACCCAUCAAAUGGAUGCCGCCGGAAGCCUUCCUCGAUGGCAUAUUCACCUCGAAGACAGAUGUCUGGUCCUUUGGCAUUCUCCUGUGGGAAGUCUUCAGUCUGGGCCGUUCACCAUAUCCCGGCCAGCAUAACACCCAGGUAAUGGAGCUGGUGGUGCGUGGCGGUCGAUUGGGAUCGCCCACCGAAUGUCCCGUCUCCAUAUACAAGGUGAUGGCCGACUGCUGGAAUCCCACGCCCGAGGAUCGGCCCACAUUCAUUACCUUGCUGGAGCAUUUGACCGCCUGCACCCAGGAUGCCAGCAUAAUGAACGCUCCUCUGCCCAAUAUUCUGGGACCCACAGCCUCCGAACGAGACGACACAGUCAUCCGGCCGCCCAAUGGCGAGGAGUUCUGUUUGGCGGUGCCGGAUUACCUGGUACCUUUGCCACCCGGCGGCAGUAACAAUCCAUCAGUGGCCAGUGGUUCGGGCUACGUGCCAGAAUUGCAACGUCAGCAGAUGAGCUCCUGCACUCCGCCGGCGGUCACAUCUCCCGCCGCACCACAUCCAAGACCGGUGGAGAAUAUCGCACCGACCAGCGGAGAUUGCUGGGAGACGUCAUUUAUACUACCGAACUCGAAGGUGGAACCACCAGUGGCUGGAAGUGGCCACGAUGUUCCAUUGGCCGGCGGCGAGGAGGCCAAACUGAUCAGCUUGGACACACCACAGCCCACACCAACGACCAUCCAGCCACCGCUGUCCUUCGCCUCCCAGCUGGAUGGCAUCACGUUGGAUCCCUCGGCACUGACCAAGAGCUUGCCCAACGGAAAUGCCAAGCAGUCGUAUGCCAAUGUUCAGGUGAAAAACGAAGCCGAGGCCAAGGUCAUCAAUGGGGUGGUUGGCAAUGGAACGGUGAUGAACGGGGACGUCUCGACGGGAUCGGGUGGUGCCGAUUCACCUUUCACCAUUCAGGGUUACGCGGAGCGAUACAAGGACAACAACAAUCAUUCCGAAAUCAGUUGUUAAAAGCACUCGAAAGUUUGGUACAUCAAGAACAUAAAUUUCCAAAUCAUUUGGAUUUCAAAACAGAAGAGAGCCGUAUCGUAUAUUUUAUAAAGAUUUUUAAAAUCUUUAAAAAAAACGAAACGGUGUAAGUCAAAUCUGAACUUUCGUGUAAGAUUACUGAUUUUAGAAGACUUCGCGACCCCCAAAAAUUCGUCUUGUGUAGGAGCAAUCACAAUUUGCUGGCGCCUCACUGGCGCAUUAAAUAAAUUUACUCUCGAAUCACAAAGAGAAAAAAAGAAAAUUGAGAUAACAAAAAACGAGUGAGAACUUCUCAAAAAAAUUGUAUUGUAUUUUAAUCUUAAAUUUGUAUUGCGUAGAAUGAAAAACCAACGUCGGACUAAAAAAAAACUGCAACUAACACGUAAACUUAGUUGGAAUAUAUGUAUAGUUUAGUUUUUUACCAAAUAUUAGUUUUGCAAGAAACAAAAAAAUUUAACGGAAGUUACACAUUUUGUGAGAGGUUGUAUAUAUUAAUUGUAUCUAAGUUUUACAAUUACCCAUAAUUUAAAUUAACUAUUUUUUGUACCUUUAGUUACCAUACCCUUCGUUAACGUUUUAAGCUGAUGACUGAAAUGCCAAACAAUAUUCCUAAAGUAAAAAAGAAAGUGCGAAACGUUAGCUUAUUUUUAAUACGCAGUCCAGAAUCGGGAACCAAGAUGCCAACUCAAAGUAGUUCAAAGUGUCAAAGCUGCUCAUUUAAAGUUCGCAAUAAUACCACAAAUGUAGUCAAACAGAUAUGCCAACACAUAUGUUUUUAACAUAGGAUAUUUUUUAAUUUAGGAUUCUCGAUUCCCGUAUUGUUUACUCCGAACAAAUUUAGUGUAAAUAAAAAGCUUCCGUCGUAGCGAAUUACGUAUAUUGUAUGUAUUUGAUUAGACCUAAGGCAAAUAAAUGAAGAAAAACAGUA